UGUUGACUGACAGGUGCCGCUUUGGUGGCGGAGAAUAAAGAUAGCGCCGCCUGUUGGUCGGUAGCUGCAGCUGCAGUGUUUCUGAUGCGGCUGUGAUCGGCCGUCGCUGUGCGGUGGAGGCGUUUUUACCCCGUGUGUGCAACCAACCGCAAGCAAUGGAUGUGUUUCUAAUGAUCAGACGUCACAAGACGACCAUCUUCACAGAUGCCAAAGAGUCUACAACGGUAUAUGAGCUGAAGCGCAUUGUGGAAGGCAUUUUAAAAAGGCCACCUGAAGAUCAGAGGCUUUAUAAGGAUGAUGUUUUGCUUAAUGACUCCCAAUCUCUUGGUAAUUGCGGCUUUACAAAUCAAACAGCCCGACCUCAGGCACCAGCCAUGGUGGGAUUAGCUUUCCGUCUGAGUGAUGAUUCAUUUGAGCAGCUGAGGAUUGAGCCCUUCUCCACUCCGCCAGAGCUCCCAGAUGUCAUGAAGCCCCAGGAUUCAGGAAGUACAGCCAAUGAGCAGGCUGUACAGUGAGGGAGAGCUUGGGGAGACGAGAGGGACACACACGGGGAAGGGAGGGGUUGAUUGUUGGAAAGUGGUGCCUCAGCGGGUGCAUUUUAUCUUGCCAAUAACAAAAUUUCAGCUGGGCAUUAACACAUACAAACAAGAAUUCCCCUUGUUCAUAAAUGUGAGGGAGGGUGCUACAUAGUGGUCCAUUGUCCUGAAAUUGGUGAACGCAUGCUAGAUUAUUUGAUAAUUUCACACACGACCCUACAGCGAUACCUGAUGGACUUGUCACAGCACUGUCAGUCAUCCAUUGUAUUGGUAAAGGCUGAACAUAAAGAGUUGUACCUUGUAUUUAAUGAAUUCUAGUCUUUAUUUGGGGUAAGGCUAUUGCUGCCUUGCCUGGUUUUCAUUUUGCUGGCUUAAAUGUGGGGAUUGAUAAGGUGUGACAUUUUUUAGGCUUUUAUGUUUGUGUGUUACUUUAUUAAACUAUUGCUAGGAUUUACUAUGUUUUUGGUCUUUGGCCUGGAUAUGUGUUGACAUAAUAGCUAGAAAUUUGUUUGUUAUGUGUAUUUCAAGAACUUUUGAAUAUGAGUCUGAAAUAAAGUAGAUCCAAAUGUUGGCAGAUGAUCUGGCAGUAAGAUGAACUUCUCCUGACAGUAGUUAAUACUUUUCAUACUGAAGCUGAAUGCACUCAGCUGUUUGUGUGUGUCAAACAAUGCAGGUAACAGUGUUCACCUGUUACUGUAACUGACUGGAAUACCAGCUCUCAAAUGAAUUAAGAGUGAAUUUAUCUUACCAAUGGGUGAGAAAUAACUUUUUCAAAGUUUGAUUGUUGCUCAUGAAAUUGUGAAGAUGCUGAGAUCUUUAUUAUUUCAUUCACUGGUUCUAAUUGUUUAUAGUAAACAAUCCAUUUUAAGUUAAACUGUUUGGUGUGAUAAAGUCAUGGAAUUGUACACGUGGUUAGUGGGAUAUACAGUAUACUAAUCCUCCAUUUAAUGAAUAGUUGCCAAUUCACUCAGUUCAUUGUGCAUCUUGCGUUGCAUUGUGCACCAUUCACACCUACUCAGUGUUUUUCUGAGAUGUAAGAGAUAAAAAUAAACAUCUGCAAAUCAAAAGCAUCCACUUAAAGUACAACACACACACUAGGAAACUGGAAUAAAAGCCCUUUUACAGAAAAAUGACAGGAUAAAAUGAGACCAGGUGUGUUGAAAGUGGUAGUUGAACAUUAACAGGAAGCAUUUACCAGCUGCUCCUGUUUAAGUGGGACCUGAUCUAAGUUGCGCUUGUAACUGAUUUAACAUUAAAACAGCUCUUUUUUUCCAA